AUGUUUAGGAUUCCCUGCUUAGUUCUUGUGCUUGUGUUUUGGGGUCCGGUUCACGGUGGACCCCAGACAAACCUCCACCCUAACAUGACGGACCAGGAGCUGUUCUGGGGCACCGACCAGUACGACUUCUCUGUGGUGCUUCCUGCUGCAGGGUUGGAGUGUUUCUGGCACUUUGCUCACCGUGGAGAGAGAUUCUACCUGAGCUUCAUGGUCCAGUGGGUGACGGGAGUCGGCCAUGACAGGCACCUGUCUGUCACCGUCAACGCUCCCAGCAGUCUCGUCGUGUCGACGGUCGAUGAUGCAAGGGGGCAGAUCAACUUUGAGGCCGAAGAAACAGGUUUCUAUCAGAUGUGUUUCAGCAACUUCCACAACCACUUCGGCACCAUGCAGGUCUUCCUCAGCUUCGGCGUUUACUACGACGGCUACCAGGAGCCCGCCAAGAGCAAAGAGGAAGAGAAGAAGAAGAAAGAGGAAGUCAGCAAAGAGCUGAACAACACACUUAGCGUCAUCGAGGAUGCGACUCACAAAGUGGAGAACCACGUCUUCCACAUGUUCCGCUACUACAACUUCGGCCGCAUGAGGAAGAGCGCCGACUACUUCCUGCUGCUGUCCAACUCGCAGUACAUCAGCUGGUGGUCGAUGGCGCUCAGCCUCCUCAUCGUCACCUCCGGGUACCUGCAGCUCCUCUUCCUUAAACGACUCUUCAUCACCAAGAGCGGCACCGAGGAGGAGAAGCCUCGCUGCUGACAGAUCUG